AUGGUUUCUGCUAAUGUUUUAUCUGUUCUAUUGCCAGUUUUAUACUUGGCCGCUGAGGUCACUGCUACCCCACCAGCUUGUCUAUUAGCAUGUGUUGCUCAAGUCGCUAAGAACUCCAAGAGCUGUAACUCUUUGAACGAUAUCAACUGUCUAUGUUCAAAUGAUGGUGCUGCUAUUCAACAAUGUAUGAAUUCUAUCUGUCCAAAUAACUUGGCUUCUACCGCUAUCUCUUCUUUCCAAUCUUCUUGUAAAGAAAUGAAUGUCGACAUUGCCAACGUUUCAGCUUCCUCUGUAGCUUCCUCUUCUACUUCAAAAGCUUCUUCUUCCUCCACUUCCUCCUCCUCCACUUCCACAUCAGCUUCCUCUUCUGCUCCAGCUACCACUUCUUCCUCUUCCUCAUCCUCCAUGACCUCUUCUUCUGCUCCAACCACCACCUCAUCUUCCUCUGUUGCUCCAACAACUUCCUCUUCCUCUUCUUCUGUUGCCACCACCACUUCUUCUUCUUCCACUGUUGCUCCAACUACUUCUUCUACUUCCACUACCCCAACUUCCACCACCGUUUCCACUUCUCACACUUCUUCUUCUAGCGAAACUGCUAGUCACACCGUCACCACCCAAACUGAAAAUGCUGGUCAUGCCGUCGAAUUCAGCGGUUCUUUGUUGUUUGGUGCUUUAGCUGCUUUCUUGAUCUAG